AAGGUGCUAAUAGGAAAAUUUAGCAAUUUGGUUUUUAUAUUAUUAUUCUAUUUAUUUUAUUCAAAACGGCUAAAUUAAUUUCUAUUAGAUCGCUCAAUGUAUUUGAGAAUUUUAACCAUCAAAUAAAAAGAAUUAUUAAUUUUAAAAUGGGUGACAAAGACGAUAUUGCCAAAAGAAAAGGAAAUAAGUCGUUGAAAAAAAGUUCCGAAAGUUCUGAUGAGGAAGUUGGUGCAAGUGGGAGCUCUUCAUUUUCAAUAGAUUUAAUUAGUAAAUUUUUUUGUGAGAAACUGAAUUUUCAUUCGGCGGAAGAUUCUGCAAAAAAAGUAAUUGACGAUUUGAGUUUUAAAGGAAUUAUUAAUCACUGGAAAAACGGUGGGGUAAAAAAUAUUAUCACAAUGGUUGGUGCUGGCAUUUCAACUUCUGCAGGGAUCCCAGAUUUUCGUUCCCCUGGAUCUGGUUUAUAUGACAAUUUGGAAAAGUAUAAUUUACCGUAUCCUGAAGCUAUAUUUGCAUUAAGUUACUUUAAUGAAAAUCCAAAGCCUUUUUUUGUUUUAGCCAAGGAGUUAUACCCUGGUACCUUUAAACCAACUCCAGCGCACUAUUUUGUUAAAUUAUUAAGUGAUAAAGGUUUACUAAUAAGGCACUAUACUCAAAAUAUAGACACUUUGGAAAGAAUAGCUGGAAUACCAGCAGAAAAAUUAGUAGAAGCACACGGAACUUUUUUUACAAAUCAUUGUUUGAAUUGCUACAAGGAAUACAGCAUGGAAUGGGCCAAAGAAAAAAUUUUUCAAGACAAAAUUCCCCAAUGUGAAUAUUGCAAAUGCCUUGUUAAGCCAGAUAUCGUAUUUUUUGGAGAAAAUCUUCCAAGUCGAUUCUUUGAGCUGCCCGGCGAAGAUUUCAAAAAAUGUGAUCUAUUGAUUAUUAUGGGUACUUCGUUAGAAAUACAACCCUUUGCUUCUUUAGCUGAAAACGCUAAUCCUAAUUGCCUUCGCUUGUUAAUUAAUCGUGAUAAAGUUGGAAAAUUUGGUGGACGAAAUUGGUUUAUGAGCGGAGUUAACCUUCGCUACGAUGAUCCUGAAAAUACGAAAGAUGCUGCAUUUAUUGGUGACUGCGACGAGGGAGUUUAUGAAAUUGCGAAAAUUUUAGGCUGGGAAGAUGAACUAAGAGAAUUAGUAAAAAAAGAACAUGAUAGAAUUGACAAAAACACACAAAAAGAAAAAGAAAAAACUGAAAGUGCUAGUUCUUCAGAAGAAAAACAAUUGACAACUGAAACAUCGUAAAUGGAAAAGAGAAUGAAAAUGGAAAAACGUUAUUUAUUAAAAUUGUUUUUUGAAAAUUUGUUUGUGUAUAUUGUAAUAUACAAAUUAUGUAGAAAAUUUAAUAAAAAAUAAGCUUAACGCAUUAAUUAUUAUAAAA